AUGGCGGCCUCGAAGCACGAAAUCAAUUUCCGUCGCCUUUUGGAACGCUGCGAAGCGAUGGCUUCAGAAAUCCAGGAGAAUAAAGAAAACGUAAGCUGGAGGUUGGAAAAAGUGAGUUAUAGCAUUCAUCAAAAAAUUGUUUUUUUACUGUUACCUCCGUAGGAUUUGAACAAACUGUCGACCACAGCUGUCUGGUCGGGUUUGUAACGAUUUUUCACCGUUUUUCUACUCCAUAUUGCAGUAUGUUUUAACGUUACAGAGGCAAGCUGCCGAACUAAAAAAGUCAGAAAGGUUAGUUUUUAAAUGCAGACUAAUAAGAUAAAAGUUAUACGAGCAAUACGUCAAUGUAAAAUAGUGCUUUUAAAUAAUACGCUUAAAACAGCUGAUACAGGUAGUCUCUACUCUGACGGGUCUUUAUGUCGGGUCGAUUGUAUUUAUUAUUGAUAUUUUAGUCAUCGCAUUAGAGCUUUUUCAUCAGUACCUGACCCAGUUAAAUAACGGAGAAAAAAAGUCUUUUCAUAUUAAAGGAAAAAAAUUCAACGUCUUGGUAUACCGACAAUGGACAUACAUGUAGCUAGUUCAUCAUUUAAUUUUGGUACCCUAAUAAGGCGGACCAAAGUAGACCUGUAUCAUAAAAAUGCGCUGUAAUGACAGAAGCUAAUUAAUUGAUAUCAACUAAUCUGGCAAUAGAAGCCAGACCCACAUGCACAUUUCUCCUGUUACCGUAUGUGUGUUGUUAACUGUUAAACUUUCAUCAAAUAAAAGUGAACGUCUCUUUUACAGUGCAGUAAGGUUAUCCAUAACCUGGAUAGGAGGGGACUCCAGCCUUGAAAAUAACUUUUUUUGACCCUGUUGGCUUCAGUUUGGUGUAAAAUCAAGGUGGGGGCCCUCACCCCUUGGCACCUUCUCCUAGAUGCACCAGUGUUUAGCCUGCAAUCAAACUGUCAAUAAAGAAAGAAACUCACUGGUGUCGUUGUAGAUUCACUUUUUUCUUAUUACAUUUACUAGCUAUGUGAUAGAAACCACUGUUAAGUGGACAUUCAUAGUUGACUGAUCUAUGAGGUUCAUUUGUCUAUCAGUAGCGUAGACAUUUCCCGUUGGUUGUCUGUAUGUCAGUUUUUCAACAUUCUGAAAGGCAGAUGACUUGUGUCUCUAACGUACUGUAGACAUCAGUGGUCAGGGAUGUAGAUAAUAGCUGGGAGCUGGGAAAAAUACAUGGCUGUCAACAUAAUUUUUCAGGCUGAAAAAAAUGCAUUCUUUAAAAAGGCAACUGUUUUCCUCUUAUAUUAUCUGCCCAUCAAAUGCCAUUUCCCAUCGGUUAUAAAUUUAAGCUACAUCCCUGGUGGUUGGCUGGUAUCAGCUUCCGAGUUUCACUUUUUUGUCACUCUGUAGCUAAACUUUCUUCAAUUCAGAGUAAACAUUCUUAUGGUGAAAAAAACUCUAAUGAAGAUUCUGGAGGUUGGCUGAUUUUUCACAUCACCAAUAAGUUAGUGUAGCUAGCAUUUCAGGCCAUGCCUCUUAUGAUUAAAGAAGUGUACCUUUUCAAAAACUGGGAAAUCAAAAUAUUUUGGUUCCAUAAGCUUGUUGAGUCACAUGUAACAUACAUUUUUUGAAAUAAUCAAAAGGUUAAAUUUUAAGUUUUUUUCCCCAUUUACUUGAAGUAAUCAAAACAUUAAAAUAAUAUUAAGUAUGUUUUAUCUUGUUACAGCAAACCAAGUCCAGAUGCAAUGACUGAAUACAACAAGAAAGUAGAAUUCCUUAAAGGUUUAAUAGAAACACAGAAAAUGGUGAGACAGGGAUCAGUGUUUUGAAACCUUAUUUUGAUUAUAGCUCCGAAGUCUGGGGAUGUAUGGGAAAAGGCCUGUGUGACCGACUCCAGAGAUUGCAAAAUAGGGCUGGGAGAAUUAUAACAUUUAGUGAUUAUAAUACAAGAUCUGCAGAUAUCCUCCAAGACUUGAGAUGGGAUACCCUUGAGCAAAGACAGUCUAAACAGCUCGCAAUAAGUGUUUUUAAAUCUCUUUACCCUGAGAGUUUAAAGAACAUGUUUAAACCAACCUCCGGGGUUCAUUCCUACAACGUGCGAGGUGCCUCGAGCAACAUUUUUGUACCAAGGCCCCGUACUGAAGCUGCUAAGAGGGCCUUUAGCUAUAGGGGAGCAGUCAUGUGGAAUGGCCUAGAAAAUGUGCUUAAAGACGAGAUAAAUCUCAACUCUUUCAAGUCUGCCCUAUCUUUGUCUUGAACCAGGGAUUGCCUUGAGGGAGUUGAGAUAGAAUUUUAUUUUUGUUAUUUAAUGUACCUUUAAGGUUGAUUGAUUUUUGUGUAAUUAAUUAUAGAAUAGAUUUUCUUAAUAUAUAGAUAUAUUUUAGCAUUAAUGUAGUUUCUCUGAAAAUUUUGUUAUGUAAACGGCUCACUGGAAGAGCAUUUUUAAUGAAGUGAUACCGUUAAUAAAGCUUUAUUGAUUGAUUGAUUUGAUUGAUCUUAAGAUGCGCAUCUGUUGUUACAUUCAAAUAGAAAAAAUUAUUGUUUGGGAACAACUAGGAAAUGCUUGUCAUCAGAGAAUGUAUAACAAUACAUUGUAUAUCAUUUGUGUGUUAAGUAUUUUACCGUUGGUUGCAUCUAAGCGUGGACAUGACGUGUUUUGCUGCCAAACAUUUGAAGUUUGACAGUUGUUAAAGCAAACUAUCACGCCAAAGGUAAGUUGUUUACAUGGUCUUGAUUGCUGCGUUACGCUCAUAUUCAAUUUACGUUUACACAUGACCUUCCAAACAUUGUCAGUGUUUUAUUUAAGUGCAUAUGCACGUAAAAAUUACAGGACAGUGGAAGUCCACCAUCAGUCAUAAGGGGAAAAUCCAGGCACCCUUCAAUUUCUACUGGCUCUGAAAAUACCAUGAUAAUUUAGGUUUGUUAGAAACUCUCAAAUUCUCCUUUCCAAAGGUUUGUUCCCUUUAAAUUUCUAUUGCAGUUGAAUACAAGUGUAGAUCCAUGUAAAAUAAGACUUAGCUUCACUUUGUUUUGUAGAAAUCACCAACAGAUAAACUUCUCGCAAGUCGGCAGUUAGUGCGUCCACUGAGUCAAACAUCCAAUGCACAGACCACAGAGGGAGACAAAGGACAAACAGUAAACAGAGCACAAGAACUUCACAUCAGGGCCAAGUCACAGAUUAAUGAAGAGAUGAGAAGUGAACUUCUGGGAGAAGGUAGGAAUAAUGCAGCUAAAAAUAUUUCACUUCUGAUACAAUGCACCUGUAAGUUAGUUUAUUUGAUAUUUAUUUUUGUUGAUUUUUGUAAGGAUCAUGCACAUUACUGGCUUAUUACAUUCCUCGACACAUGACAAAGGUUUUCUUAGCCCAAUAUUUUCACAAAACUAAGGACUUUCAGGGCACGUUACCGCGGCACAUUCAUUUUGCCUUGUUUCUGGUCAUUUUCUGACAUGAAAUACUUUGGUUUUUUAAAAGUGAAUUGAAUAAUAAAUUUAAUUAAUUUAUUAGAGUUAAAAGUUAACAAGGAACCUUGCUUAUUUUCCAGACAAUAAGAAACACAGUCAUGGAGUGCGAAACAGGUGACUGAUUAUCAAUUAUUCCACUUGCAUAUUACUUGUUUAGUCCCUUAGUCGCUGUAACAAAUAACUCUUUAUUUUCAAAUCCCCCAUAAUCACUCUGUUUGCUCCCAAUGCAACACUUGGCAUAAACUAUAGUCUUCAAACGGAGAACUGUGUAAUUCUGUGUAAAACUUUAUUUAUACGCAAAGCCUCAAUCGGUGAUAAAAUUGUUGAGGCAUUUUACUCAAAUAGGGUAACUUAAGAGAACAAAAGAAUGUACACCCUUCCCCCCUACACAAUUCAAAGUUGGGGUGUUUGUUGUUUUCUGUACAUAGCUUGAACAGCAGCACAACAUUGCAUGGAGGGGAUGGGGGAGGAAAAGCUUUAUUUUCACCUUUUGAAGUCAGUAAAACCUCAGAAAGCCCCUUUAGGGCAAAGUGUCUCAACUGUGGAAACUCCAAAAAUAAAAGUCAAUGGAAACAAAUCCCUGAUAGCAAGUCAGUACGACUUUUUAAGUUUGCACUGGCGUCAACUUAAUAUUUUCUGGAUCAUGAAUUGUUGGUUAGUGUUGAACAAUCUACCUUUUAUAGCCUGUGUUCCAUCUCCUUCCCACACAUUGUCUAAACCCUCAGAGUGUGUUCCAUUUGAAUGAUCCAAAUAAGGAUCAGUAACUUGUGAUCACUCAGAAUACAGCACAUCAAAGGGCCCAAAGGAUUCAUCAGUUCACUUGAUUUACCAUUGCCUAGUUUCAAAUCGAGAGGUGCUGGAUAUGAGUCGGUUUAUCAUGGGCUAAACAACACAAGACCUAUAUAGUCAGAAAGAGCGAAAUAGCAACAUUCUCAAGUUUGGUGUCUAUUGGGCCUAUAUUGAACAAAAUAAAUAGAUGUACGGAGGAUGUGACCAGCAAUUCAUACAUGUACAUCUCUUAUAAAAGUGAUUUUCAAGUUUACAGAUAGCUGUAUCUUGCUUGAUAUUGGCGCGAUCGACACAACACUUUCAUAACCUCAAUGUGCUUUUUCUGACCAUGUGGAUCUCAUGUUGUUUAUCUCAUAAUAAACUGACUUGUACCGAGCCCCUCUCGAUUUGAAACUAGCUAAUGGCCGAGUGAUCUCUGACCUGGAUCAUCUCAAAGGAACUCACCCUCAGUCCAUACAGGCUGUACAUGUAGUGUCUGCCAUGCAGGCUACUUGUUUUUGACAAUCUUUUUUCUUGAAGAUUAACUGGCAACAAGAAAAGUGAUGUAAAUGAUGAAAGCAUUGACUCAGUUCUACAAUACCAUCAGAACUUACAAGAAAAUAUAGCAGAGGAAAUGAUAAAAAUGGCUCAGCAUAUAAAACAUACAUCUGUCAUGGCCAGCAACAUUAUUAAAGAAGAUAACAAGGUUACUAGGAUGUUUGUCCUUUAAUAACAGUAAAUAACAAAUUAUUGGAUGAGGUCUUUUCCUGACAUCUGAAACAGACUAGGUGAAGUCAAUAUUAUUGGCUGAAGCUGAUAACUCUUACUGAGACUUUGAUUAUUGUGAAUACCGUGUUUCUUUGAAUAAUAGCUGUCCCUGAAUUAAUCGCCUCCCUUGAAUAAUCACCCCCCCCCCCUUUGAUGGAAAUGUUUUAAAUAAUCGCCUCCCACACCUCUAUAGGUUACCCAAUAGGGAUAGCCAUUGUGGAACUUGGAGGAUGGAGCUAAAGUGGAGUCUGACUCAGCAAAAAUUAAUCAAUUAGGAACCAAAUUUGAAGCACUUUAAAUGCCAAUGUUCAGUUUAUCUGAUGUGAUCAUUUUUUUAUUUAAUGAGAAAAUAGAACAAAUAUUUAGGGCAUGACUUCUAGUCAGCAAUAUUUGAAAUAGUCGCCUCCCUCGAAUAAUCGCCUUGCCUCGAAUAAUUGCCCCCUUUUGGUGCAAAAAAAGAAAUAAUUACCCCCAGCUAUUAUUCAAGGAAAUACGGUAUCCCAAAAACCAAAUCCAAUAAGAAUUGUUUUAUUAUACACGGUUGUGAAGAAAAUAGUGUUAUGAUAAACACAUUGUCCUUGACUACCAAGCUUUGUGCACACAAUUUGAAGGCUGUCAUAAAUUUGAUCAGCUACCAAGGUGACCCCUGGCCUACUGUUAUAAAUUUAAUAGAAUAAAAAUAGAACCAAAUGAAAUCUGUACCUGUUUGAUUCCCUGCCUGCUUGUUUCCUGCAACUCGAAAUCUUAGUGACAGCCAUAUAAAUUUGUGUCACUAAGUUUCUUUGCUAUUGUGGAGACGAAUUACCCAAAUUGUGGGCAAAACCACUGCCAAGAAUGCAAAAAGUCCACUUUUGGUUGACGUGCAUUAUUCCAAACAAUGUUGUUUAAAAGCUAUGAUAACAUGGUUUUUCAAGGUUGUUAACUUGGACUUAAGUAAAGGCUUUAAAACGGCUCAUAUAAAGGAUAAUGCCUGAGCCCGAAGGCCUUGUUAAAGAUAAUGGCCGAGCACCUGAGGUCAAUAUUUUUAACAAGGCCUUGGGCCAAGGGGUAUUUUUUACUGUACUUUUCCAUUGGUUUAGAACCAGCAAGUCAUAAUUAGGAUCUCUUGUUCCACCUCAGUGACCUGGGCUUUAAUUUAUUGAAAAUAAUAACUAAUGUUUAAAACAAUUAGAAAUGUACAUUAAUAACAAGGCAGGCAUAUUUACAAAUGGGUCAUUAGACGAAGCUCCAUGUACGGACAACAGAGUCUGAGAUAAACUUUAAAAAACUUACAGCUAAAUUUUCUGUUUUGUUUUUUAGACCUUGGAGCAGUCAACAAAGCUUGCAGAUUCAAAUUUUGAGAAACUUAAACGAGAAUCAGAAAGACUUGAGGAAUUAACACAGACACCAUGUUCCUGGUGGAUUUGGAUUAUGAUAAUUACAGUCUGUAUUGUGUUUAUGUGGAUGAUUAUAUUUAUUAGACUUUUCCCAAAGAAGUGA